UAACUUGUAAAUACAUCAAGAGAAAACCAUCAGACGAGGAAAUAAAUACAGGUUUUAUAACAGAAAGUAAACAGUUUCUUCAUUCUAGUAAUUUCAACGAUUUUUAUAACAAUGUUAAAGAAACAAUUCAAUCUAGAGAAGAUGCAUUUAUAGCUAAGGGUUCUGGUUGGAUAUUUAACAAUGUUAUUGAUAUGAACAUAAAUAUGUGUAAAUAUAAUCCGCUUAGAGGGGCAUCAUAUAUUAAAUUACCAAAAAUAAUAUCUGUUAAAAAAACUAUUAAGAAUAUUAAAAACAAAGAUAACAAAUGUUUUCUUUGGUCUAUUAUUGCUGCUUUACAUCCACAAGAUAAAAAUUCAGAAAGAAUUAGUAAGAAUAAAGAAUGGGAAAAUGAAUUUGAUGAAGUAUAUAAAAGUUUAAAAAUUAAGUAUCCUAUUAAAUUAAAUGAAAUUUUUAAAUUUGAAAAAAAAACAAAUAUGUCUAUUAAUGUGUUUACUUAUGAAUAUGAUGAUAUUAUAGUACCCCUAAAUAUAUGUGGUACUCAAAAGAAAAUACAUAUUAACUUAUUUUAUCUUAGAGAAGAAAAUAAUGGAAAUUAUUGUUUGAUUCAAAAUUUAUCAUGAUUAGUUUGUUCGCAAAAAACAAAACAUGACCAUACAAUAUAUUUAUGUAACACAUGUUUAUCACAUUUUUAUACCAAGAAAAGUCUAACAGAUCAUGAGGAAUAUUGUAAAACUAAUAAAUGCGCUAAAGCAAUAUUACCAAAUAUAUCUGAUCGUAUUCUUCAAUUCGAAAAAUACAAUCAUUCAUAUAAAGUUCCAUUUGUUAUUUAUGCUGAUUUUGAAAGCAUGCUUCCAAAAAUUGAUACAUGUCAACCUUGUGAUAUAGCUUCUUAUACAAAAAAAUAUCAAAAACAUUUACCCGUUAGUUUUUGUUUUAAUGUUAAAUAUAGUAAUAUUAGUAAAAAUAAUCUAGUAACAUAUACAGGUGAAGAUGCAGCUAAAGUUUUUUAUGAAAAAAUAAAUGAUGCAGCAAUUUAUAUUGCAAAAAAUUAUUUAGAUGUAAAAAAAACCUAUGUUAAUAACCAAAGAACAAGUAACUGAAUUUGAAAAAGAAAAUAACUGUCAUAUAUGUGAAAAAUCUUUAAGUGAUUUACCACCAAUACUAGUGAAAAGAAAUAUAAUAUUUAAUGAAACAUUUGAUUAUUGGCAAUCUAAAUUAAAAAGAGGAUCAAUAGUUGAGAAUAAGAAUAAAAAAGAAAGAUUAGAUUUAGAAAAUAUAGGAAAAGAAAUUGAAUAUUUUAGAAAAAACGGCUUGAUGAGAAACAGAAAAAAAAACAGAUGUUCAUUGAAGAUCUUGAGGAUAAUAUGAAAAAAGUUAGAGUUCAUGAUCAUUUAUCAGGAAAAUAUUGAGGUGCUGCUCAUUCAAUAAGUAAUCUAAAUUAUAAGAUUCUUAGAUUUAUUCCAGUAUUUUUCCACAAUCUAUCUGGUUAUGACCGGCAUUUAUUCAUAAAAGAAUUAGGUAUUGAUAAAGAUAAUAUAAAAACAAUUGCAAAUAGUGAAGAAAAUUAUAUAUCAUUGUCAAAAAUUGUGAGGUAUGUGAAAAAAGAUCCCAUAACUAAAGAACCUGUUUUAAAUAAAAAGGAAAAUUUGUUUUUAAUACAGUUGAAAUAAGAUUUCUUAAUUCUUUCAAGUUCUUAUCUAGCUCUUUAGAAAAAUUAGCUAAUACCAAAUCAGUUUAAAGAACUGUCUAAACAUUUUCCUGAAAAAUUGGAUUUAGUAAAAGGAAAAUUAGCAUAUCCUUAUGAAUAUAUGGAUUCUACAGAAAAAUAUGAAGAAGAAUCUCUACCUAAUAUAGAUAAAUUUUACAGCUCUCUUACAGGUGAACAUGUAAAACAAAAUGCAUAUGAAAAUGCUAAAAAAAUAUGGGAAACAUUCGAAAUAAAAAAUAUGAAAGACUUUACUAUACUUUAUGAUAAAAUAGAUGUUUUAUUACUUACAGAUAUAAUGGAAAAUUAUAGACAUGUUUCAUUAAAACAUUUUAAGUUGGAUCCUGUUCAUUAUUAUACAACUCCAGGUUUUGCAUGGAAUGCUAUGCUUAGAAAAACAGGUAUAGAAUUAGAAUUGAUAACAGAUAUUGAUAUAUAUUUAAUGUUUGAACAAGGAAUAAGAGGAGGAUUAUCUUAA